CAUUCAUUCAUUUCCAUCAAAGAAACUGCAUUUAUUUCAGCACCCUUUACAAAAAAGACUUGAGAUUUUUUGUAUCAGCAUCAAUAGUAGUGCAUUAUUUCCUCAUCAUUAAUGGCUUACUCCAUAACUCCAUUCUUGAUUGUUCUUUCUACCUCUAUAUUUAUGUUGUUUUCAUCAACGCCAGCCUUAGGCAUAAACUUGCCAGCCUCUACUAUUUCUGCUGCACCUGCAUUGUUACCUGAUCCUAUUGCUCCAUUAUCCUCACCACCAGCAUUAUCUCCAGAUAUUGCUCCUCUCUUUCCUUCACCUGGAGGCUCUGAGCUUUCUCCAAGUGAAUCUUCUGUGCCCCUUAUCCCAUCAAGUCCAAGCCCACCAAACCCUGAUGCAAUGGUGGCUCCCGGCCCCGGUACAGCUCUUGCACCGUCUGGUUCAAUGCCAGAUUCUUCUUCAGUUAGGCUGAAUUCUCCGGUGUUGUUCAGUUCAAUAGUAGUUUUGUUUGGUGGAAUUUGGGUAAAUGCUGCUUUAUAGUGUGCAAAGUUGAUGGCAAGUUGGUGUAUCUUUGGUUCUGAGAUGUUGAGCAUUUGGUUCCUGUUUUCCUCUAUAUAGUAAUUAAUAUUUGUGAACAUUAUAAAUCAAUUUCUUGGAUUCAUGUCCAGUAGUGUAUAGAUUGUUAGGUGGGGAUUGGGCUACUGACGGGUUCUGCAUUUGUAUGGAUUCUUGAUAUAGUAGAAUAAUGUGCUCAAAAGAUUUCUACUUUGUUGCUUAUAUAAUUGUUUCAUCUUGUUCUUUUAA